AUGAUGCUGGACCACGUCCGUGAGAAGGAACCGCUGUUCUUUCACGAGACGAUGCACUAUAUCUACAAACAGGCGGACUCGUCUACUCGAAACGGAUCGUCGGCUGAGUCCAAGCAGCCCAACGCCUUGGCGCUGAUGGAUCUCUCGGCGCUUGCAUGA